UUGAUAUUGGAUAUCAAUGGACAAGUGGCGCUGUUCAGGGAUCUCCUCAUCCACAUCGGUCAAAGUCGAGAUUGUCCAGAACUACGUGAGCGCAUAAGAAAAUUGCGCAGGAAUUGUGUGGAGGCCUGCCAGAGCACAAGCCAAAUUAUUUUGCCUCAACUUAAAAGUACGAUAGCAGAAGGUCUUCCGGCAGAUAACCCGCACCUGGUGCUUCUGUUCUUCUUGGCGCAGUUGUUUCUUCGAGAACUAGCGAAGUGCCAACGGCUAGUGCAGGUGGUCCCCAUGGAUAUGUCUGGAUACUACGAUAAUCGGGCUGGCCCUUCGAAUUUAGGAAAUGUGAUAUCGCAGAUACUUCUAUGCAAACAAAUCACACCCGACUUUCACGAAGAAGAACUGUGCAGUAUUAAAAAAGAUUCGCAAGAUCUGACUCGUAUGCUACUGGAGCUUCAGGAGUACAUGCCACGGCAAGAGGAACAUACGGAACGCAAUCUGAAUUUGACAGGGGACGCCUCAAACGGACCCUGGCCGAAAAAACGUCGGCGGGGAUCGCUAUACAAAAACAUGAGCCUGUUGUGCUGUAUGAGUCGACAGGGAUAUCUGUGAUUACUAACAAAAAAAAACUUUGAACCUAAAAACCUAAAAAUGUUUGUGAUAAGCAUUUCGAAUGUUAUGUUUAUAGAUCGGCAUGUAUUCAGUACCACGAUAAGUUUCUAAGGUGC